UCAUGGUGGAGAAUGAGCCUAACCUAAAUUAAUCGUGUGUGCUACUUUGAGGUACGAAGUAAUUUACAUUCUUGCAAAACUUUACGUCACCUCGAUGAAGUGAUUGUCUGGAUUAUAUUUGACGAUAACUGCUUUAGUAUAGAAACGUGUUACAAAAAUAUUGCAGAAAAAGUUUAUGGUGAGACUCACGAAUACCCGACAAUGACGAACAGCUGGCGAGGCACGAACAUACCAAGUUCAAAGGAUUUGGAACAUGAUGAGUUUAUCAAACGUAUAAAAAAGUCAUUAUAUUAUUCCAAGUUACCAGUGAUUAACUGCUUGAGUUUACCAGUUACAGAAUUGGCAGCGGAACUUUUUACUGAAAGAAAUGCAUGUGUUUCCCCUUGCUCACUUGUGUUGGCUUUGCUGUAUAUUGAAAGAUUAAAAAAUUGUAAUCCGGAAUAUCUUCAUCAAGUUGCGCCGUCUGAGCUAUUCUUGGUUUCUUUGAUGGUAGCCAGUAAAUUUUUGCAUGAUGAUGGCGAAGAAGAUGAGGUUUUCAAUAAAGAGUGGGCAAAUUCAGGACAAGUGACUAUAUCUCGAAUGAAUAAAUUAGAAAAAGAUUUUCUUGCUGCAAUUGACUGGACAGUGUUGGUGCAGCACCAAGACUUUUGGGAAAGACUGCAACAACUAGAAAAAAACGUGGCAUAUCGAGAAAUACACAAGCGCAGAUGGUGCACAUAUACAGAAUUGAGUUGUCUAAUGAAUUCCAUUCAGUUGAUUAGAAUCGCACAAACCUUAAUUAGUGUGUCUUCGAUCUGCCUGGCGACUUAUGCUGCCGGAUUGGCUACUCUUCUGGGAUCCACUCUGAUUGCCAAUUUUAUUGUGCAAAGUUGCUUACCCGGGAUAUCACUUAAUUCAAGACAACCAACGAAUCUGUCAAUAAAUCUCGCGACAAAUGUUUCGUCAACCGAUCUAACUGAUACAUUGAUAAAUACACGAUCUCAGGAGAUUAACAAUGAUGGUCUUCCAAUUUCCGAUUCCGAGAAUAUUGCAGUUUAUUCUGCAAUUGUGGAAACCGAUAAUGAUGAUGAAGAAGCCAGUUGGAAGUGGUGGCUAAACUCAACGAUGACUUGGCUGCCUGAGUAUUGCUUAGAGAGCAAUGUUGAGGUUGCAAAUUUCACUGACAAAUUAUGCAUUAUCAACAUCGACUUUUCAUUCAAUUCGACGCAAACUAUAAAUAUAAGAAAGUUGGAGAAAAUAAGGAAAACAGAAAAUUUCGCACCGGAAGACUAUCGCCACAAUGUAAAUUGGAAGGAAAUACUAGACACAACCUUAAAUUGGUUAGAACAAAAUUGGAGCGAUCACAUCACGAAAGUGUCUUUCAGUCAUCAGAAUUAAAAAUUUACUAUUAGCUUGCUGAUAAAAAUUUGCCUGUUAAAUGAUCUUUUUCAAAGGAUAUAUAAACCUAUAUUUUUUGUACUAACUUUUUGCAGUGGAAUGUUCGAUACUAACAGAUCUGUUUUUCUCAAUAAAUAUCCGAUAUCGCAUGCUAUAAA